UCUGGUCGCUGGGCUACUAAUUGCUGCUCCAGUUUUUCUCAAGUCGGUGUGAGAGCCUUCCCAGCGGCUAGCUGAACGCAAGAGUGGAGAGGGGCUUGAGGAUGAUAGAGAGAAAGUUGUAGGUGAACUUCGGGUUCAGGGAAGUUGGCUGGAAUGUAGAUAGCGAUAGCAGUGGAGAAAGAGUGGCUAAGGGGGACCUGUAGCCUGUGGCAGGGGGCAGAAAAAGAUACCCCAAGUAGCCACACCUGUCUUCUAAGCACCUCCCCUGCCCUCUGUCCAUUUUCAAGUGCGAGGUGGCGGGCUGGGAGGUGCCUCAGCAGUGAGACAGUGGAAAGAGCCCCUUUCCAUAUGUAGAGAAAAAUGUUGCCGGGGAUUCAGCUCAGUGGUUUCGCCGCCUGCUGCGCAAGCGCAAGGAACCGAAUUCGAUCCCCGGUACCAAAAAAAAAAAAAAAAAAAUGUUGACCGCCAGUGUGGGGACUCAUAGGAGAGAAGGAUAAGCAGUGUCCUGUGUCUGUAGGUCUGCCCAUCUGUUGUGGCCAGCGCUUUGUGAGGCCUGAAGAGAAGGAGCCACCUGCCCAGGAUUCCCGCAGACUGGAACAGAAUGGGAAAUCUCGAGCUGGAAAAACUCCACAGUGAAAAUGAUAGAAGGCACUUCAAACCAAAGAAAGAUGGGAAACUAACAAUAGCAACACAACGAGAAAACCAGAAACUUGUACUCCAGAAUUCAAGGAAAUAUUGCAAAAUGGUAUGAUGGAAGAUGAGGAAAUGCUAAAGGAUAAGGAACAGCCAGAGAGUGAGACAAAGGCAAAAAAGGAAGGAAAACCAGUAAGCCAGGGAAGCCCAGAGAGGCAAAAGGGAGCUGCAGGCAAGCACCCUGCUGAGGACGACAUACCCAGAAAAGCCAAAAGAAAAACAAACAAGGGGUUGGCUCAGCACCUCAAGGAAUAUAAAGAGGCCAUACAUGAUAUGAGUUUCAUCAACGAGGGUAUAAUAAGAGAAUUUGACAAUAUGGCUAAAGUAAAGGAUGACAGGAGAAAAAUUGAACAGAAAUUAGGAUGGUUGUUCUGGGUGCAAAGAAAAUUACAGGACCCCUUUUACCCAAGGGUCCCAGGAGAAUUCAGGGGUGGCUGCAGGGCACCAUGAAGCGACACUGAAAACAUUCCUUAUGCAUAG